AUGAAUGAAUGCACUGGGGUUAUCGUUAUGGGUGGUUGCUUGAUACCCAACUGGCCUUCGGGCUGCCAGCCAUUAGGAAUGGCUGCACUGUCUGAUCUGACUGGGUUUGGUCUGCUGGUUUCUCCAGGUCGGGAGGAUGUUGAACCUGCCAAGUUCGAGGCUGCCGUAGCUCUUGCUGCAGAGCAUUUUCUCAACCUCUACGAGCAAAAGGCGAAGACCGUGAAUGGAACAUCGUAUAAAGAUCUCAACUCAACCAUCAACUCUAUUCUUGACUCGGGAUUCCUUCACUCAGUUCCGGAGAAGAGCAACAAUGCCAAGGAAGAUGUUGAGAGCAGGAGUGAGGACGAGGAUGGAGAUGACGAGGAUACUGAAGAAGAACCAGAGAAACAGACAAACGGACACAAGGACGAAUCAGAAAUGAACAGAAUGUUGGGACAGCCAGCUUCCUUACUCACCCAGGAGCCCGUCCCCGAGCACACCCCUGUAGUUGAAGAAAGGCCCGCCCCCUCUAGCCCCGCCCCUGCUUUAGAUCAGAAUAGACCUGAAGUUCAGCCUCCCGCACCGGAACCCAGUUUUAAUUUUCUACAGGAAUCCCAGAUAGAUCUAGAAUCCCCUAUGAUGGACCCUGCAGUAGUUAUGGUACAAGGUGCUAGGAAACCAGAUCAGGUAUAUCCUGCCCCCAUGUUCCAACCUCUUCCUCCAACUUCACUCACCAACGGUAUUCAACAUCAGCAUCAGUUAAUGCAACAGCAUGCAGCUGCUCUAGCCCAUCAUCAUCAUCAACAGCAGCAACAGCUUGGACAUCCUCAGCUUCAGCAGUUGGAGCAGUUGCAUCAACAACAACUUGCAGGCCGAGGUCCUGGUUUCCAGCCCACCAACCUACAACAGGUCGAACAGCAGAUAUUCAAGGAACAGGAGUCCUUAAACAAACAGGAAACAUUUAACCAGGAUUACGAACAGCAGAACAUUUACGAGAAGAAGAGAGGAACCCAUCCUCCCUUCUCUCAGGAGCAUACGCAAGAUCAAUCUACUCUUGACGCGACUCGUCCUGACCCCCAGCCUACGCAGGAAGAAACGAAGCCUCGUGUCUCAGGAUACGCGGCGGCAGCAGCAGGUCCAACAUAUAGACCUGAUCCUGAGAUAGGAACCUGGAAACCAGAAGGAGCUCAGGAUAGUGGAGAGGAGGGUAGAAGAGAGGAUAGAGGUCCUAGAGGGAGUAGAGGAGGAGGAGGCGGGGGGAGCAGAGGAUUCGGUAGAGGUGGUCGUGGAUACUCCAGAGGUAGGGGAGGCGGAGGAGAUAGAGGAGGGUAUAGGGGAGGAAGAGGAGGCGGUGGAGAGAGAAAUGAUCGUGGCGGAGACAGGAAUGAUCGUGGCGGAGACAGGAAUGAUCGUGGCGGAGACAGGAAUGAUCGUGGCGGAGACAGGACUGAUCGUGGCGGUGAAAGAGGGGAAUACAGGGGAGAUCGCGGGGAUCGCAACGAUCGGCCAAGAAGCGACCGUCCUAGAGGAUCUGGACCCCGAGGCGGCGGUGGUGGUGGACGUGGAAGCGGUGGACCACGAGGAGGUGGACCAAGAGGACCACCCAGGGAACAGUAAUCUCUGGUUGGAUCAAUAAGGGAUCAAUGAUCCUGGACAGGUCGGGAGCUGAAACCUGGAGAUCUAUUUGACUCCGUCUCAAUCCACACGAUAUUCAAGCUUAUAAUUACAUUUACCAGUUUAUAACAUCCUUCACCUGUCCUCUUUAUAUGGAAACCUGGAAGCAGGACACAUUUACCUACCUGUCCUGUCCUAGGGACAAGAUGUGAUUUUCCUGCUCUGUGCACAAACUGGCAUUCAUGUUCAAUGUGUUGCAGAAACUACGAUUGCCCAGUUCUCGUUUCCUAUCAAAUAAAAUCUUCACGCAUUACAUUCUGUUAAAUUCACAUUCGAAGACUUUUCCUCGGGCAACUUUAGGAUUGAUCACAGAAUACUGUUCCCAUGUUUUUUUUACAAUCACGUAAACUCCUUCCUAGAACAAAGCAUUACUAAAUCAUGAAUUUUUAAUUCUUUGUCUCCCCCCGUCCUCCAGUCCUGUUCUACUUGCAUUUUGUGUUGUACCCAUGUGCUGUACCGCCGCUUUAUACUGUACUGUACUCGUGUACCACACUGCAUCUGUGUACUGCACUGUACCCGUGUGCUGUACUCAGACCAAUCUCUGUAUUGGGUAGUAUUUUUUUUCAGACAAAUAAACAUAUUUCUUUUUAACAA